ACACACCCUCGCUUGUCACCUCGGCCGCGCGCCUCCAGUUUGGUCAGGGCGCUAUGAUUUACACCAAAUACCCCGACAGAGGUUCAGUUCUUCAGAUUUAUCGCAGUUUGACGUGAAGAAUCUGAUGUUUACUGUCCUGUGAGAGAGAGAGAAAGACGGCGAUGUCAGGAGGCGGCGGGCAGCUCAGCGUCAGACAGUGGACCCCUAAACACGUGGGCCGCUGGCUACGCGAGGAGGGCUUCUGCGAUUACGUGGACCUGCUGUGUAACAAACACCGUCUGGAUGGAACCAGCCUGCUGACGCUGAGCGAGUACGACCUGCGCUCUCCUCCGCUGGAGCUGAAGGUUCUGGGGGACAUCAAACGUUUGAUGGUUUCUCUCAGGAAGCUCCAGAAACAGAACGCUGACUUGUUAGAAGAGCUCGGGCUGUCUUACGAUGGACAUUCGCCCCAGAACAGCGGACCAGACUGGUUGUGUAACGGCGACUCCGUUCGUGAUUGUGACACUGUUCUGGACACGUUGAGCGGUGAGCAGUAUCAUCAGUACAACAAUGGCAAGUACAAGCAGCAGGUGCGGAGACUGGAUCCAGAGUACUGGAAAACAAUCAUGAGCUCCGUCUACGUGGUCUUCGUCUUUGGCUUCACGUCAUUCGUCAUGGUGAUCGUGCACGAACGAGUGCCAGACAUGAGGACGUACCCUCCACUUCCUGACAUCUUCCUGGACAGCGUACCCAGAAUCCCCUGGGCUUUUUCGAUGGCAGAGGCCUGUGGUGUGAUCUUGUGCUGUAUUUGGCUGCUAGUGUUGCUUCUUCAUAAACACAGGUCAAUCCUGUUGAGACGUUUGUGUAGUCUCAUGGGUACGGUCUUUAUGCUGCGGUGUGUUACCAUGUUCGUGACAUCACUGUCUGUACCGGGUCAACAUCUUCAAUGCACUGGGAAGAUAUACGGUGACAUGUGGGCGAAGCUUCAGCGUGCUGUGGCCAUAUGGAGCGGGUUUGGAAUGACCCUCACUGGAGUCCACACGUGUGGCGAUUACAUGUUUAGCGGUCACACAGUCGUUAUCACCAUGCUAAAUUUCUUUGUCACUGAAUACACGCCGCGCAGCUGGAACUUUAUACACACGCUGUCAUGGGUUCUGAACCUCUUCGGGAUCUUCUUCAUCCUAGCGGCCCAUGAGCAUUAUUCCAUCGACGUCUUCAUCGCGUUCUACAUCACCACCAGACUCUUCCUGUAUUACCACACGCUGGCCAACACACGGGCGUACCAGCAGAGCCGCCGUGCAAGAAUCUGGUUCCCCAUGUUCUCAUUUUUUGAGUGCAACGUUAACGGUCCCGUACCGAAUGAGUACUGCUGGCCAUUCGCUCGACCUGCUAUAUUUAAGAGUCUCAUUCGCUAACACACAUCUCAGGCCUGUUUGGCAAUGUUUGUACUGCUGAUUCUGAACAGAUUGUUUGGCUUAUUUCUGCGUUGCCAUGAUGGACGCCAAAGACUGCGUCUAACUCACAACAUGCACACAAUGACUGGAACAAUAAAUGUUCAUUACUGUAAAUAUAUAUCUUCUCCAUGGAUACUGAGGAUCCACAAGUUUUUAUUUUUGUUGCCCAACACUAAAAUCAUUAAACUGAAACUUGGGUCUUUUGAAAUCCUUUGCAUGACAUUUUGUCAGUAUUAAUUUUGACUGGUUUGGUAAGAGUAGAUACUUGAUGUUGUGAUCUAAAGACGUUUCAACUUCAGCAUUGUAAGAUACUUUCAUGAUCGGUCUUUGAAGCAAUAGAAAACAUCCUACAUUCUUGAACCUUUUACAUGUAAAAGACUUUUGUUUUGUUGCCAUAAUUGUUUUGUGUCCGAUUCAUUUCUUGCAGUUGUUCUUUUGGCAGUAUUAGUUUAAUACCCAAUAAUACGAUGGUAUUUCUCGAUUUUGGGUAAAUCUCAGAAAGCAAAUUAAAGGAAAACAAUUAAUGCCAUUUUGCUCAUUGAAAAUUAAGACUUAUUUUAAGACAUUUAAAAUAUUUUACUUUUAAUUUUUUAUGACAAUUAAGCACUCCCACCAAGUUCUUACAGUUUUACUGUAAAUGUAAUUGUCAUUAGAUUGUUGUACCCUAAAAAAUACAAAUCAGUUUAGGAAAAAGAUUAGGAUCAGUUUUUUCUUUAGAUUAUGGUGAUAAUUUCUAAGGUAAAAUGUCUGUAAUUGUCAUAAAAAUUAGUCUCAGUUCAUAUAAUCUUAAUAGUUUUAUUAAGUUUUAUUAGUCAAUUUUUUUUCCUAAAGGUUGAAAUAUGACCCAAACAUAUUCUUGAUAAUUUUCAUGAGACAUGUUUUAAGUAUAUUGUCGAAACUUAUGGUAAAUGAUUUUUACCACUUCAUUCCAGUUGCCAAUGAUGUCUCUUUGUAUUUUCAUUUUUUACACUAAAUAUCUCUGAAUUAUUAUCAGAUUUAUAUUAUAUGAUGGUUAGAAGGGUCUUUGUUAUUUUGUGAAUGUUUACAGAAAUGUAAUUCUUGCAGGCUGGUAGAGCAAUAUCUUGUGUUUAUAUUGUCUUAAAACGCAUUAUUAUCUCAAGUAAAGAGUUGUUUUAUCAUGAACUGGGAUAAAUAUUAACAGUUUUUUGUGUUAGGUUAUUUGAUAAGUAAUUUUGUGUAAUUAUAGGUUAUAGGCACAGAGGAUUAAGUGUUAACCCUAAAGAUAGUUUUUUAUGGCGUUGUACAUAAAAGAAAUGAAAAUGUUGGUUGGUGAAUGUUAUUAUAAUGUACAGUGUACAAUACAGAUGUUUUUUCUGUGACAUUUCACUCUUGUCCAUUCUAUCAUCUAGAAUUUUAAAGCUUAACAAUUAACAGGGUUUUUUAAUAUGCGUUUAUUUUGACUCGCCAAAUGAUUGUGAUCAAUACUUACUUCAGAUUAGUUCAGAUAUGCAACAUGACUCUGAUAUCAGUAAAUUUAAGUAUCCAUGAUAUGACAGUAAAUCAUUUCAAAUGUUCAUUUUGCAGUGCUUGAAAUGCUUUGUAGCCUCUUAUGGGCUUUUGUAAAGGCUAGAUUGUUUUUUUAUUUGGAUGGAAAUGCUUUUUCCAUUGGAUUAAUGAGGUGAUGAGGUUUAAGCAGCUGUAUGUUUGACAGUGCUUGGUGUAAAAACACAAUGUGUAUGCCAUCAUCAAUAAAAUUUACAAACUA